AUGUCUGACGUGCGUAAUACACAAGAAUACAAUGAUUCUCAUCGAUUAUUCGUACAAGCCAUGCUCUCGAGACGCUCCUUGUCUGAAGAAGAAGCAGAAAAUAUUUAUAUGAAAAUAUGUUCAGUGACAGAAAGAGAAUCAACUGAUUUUGCUAUUUUUGUUGCUCAAAUAAACAAAUUGUUGGAAGAACUUGAUUACUCACUAAGACGAUCACGGAAUGAAAGAACAGGUGAUAAUUAUAUAUCACUUGUUAAUGUCAAACAAGACAAAAUGACAGAAAUUGCAAGUAAUUAUACACCAGCUGAACUUAAAUACUGUAAAGAACUAUUUGAUGCCAUUGUGAAUGCAGAUAAUGAAAACUUUGCCAUCAGUUCAAUGAAUGCUAUACGUUUAGGUCAGCGACUUCAAUUAUCACAAAAGGAAACUCAAGACAUCCUCGAACGACUUGUUCAAGACGGCUGGAUCGCAGAAGAAGAAAAGGGUAUCUAUUUCUUUGAUACCAGAGGACUGGCAGAACUUCAAAGUUACCUCCGUGAUCAAUAUGGAGAUGCGAUCAAGGAAUGUACUAUCUGUCUAGAUAUUGUUACCAUGGGCGAGUACUGCGAACUUGGCAACUGUCCCGUUCGACUUCAUAAAUACUGUGCGGAUACCCAGUUUAGAGAAUCAGUGAAUCCGACCUGCCCUCAAUGCUCAACCACUUGGUCAAGAAGCAACCGAUUCGGCUUGGGAUUGUAA